ACAUUCAUAUCAGACGGACACAAGUGGAUUGUUACUCCAGAACCUCAAUGGCACCCAGCACUGCUUUUUUAGAGCAACAAAAGAUGUCUCCAAAGGAAAAAAAUAAGCUACGAAAGCCAGUUGUGGAGAAGAUGCGUAGGGACAGGAUUAACAGCAGCAUUGAACAGCUGAAAGUUCUCCUGGAAAAUGUCUUCCACAAGCAGCAGCCCAACGUGAAGCUGGAGAAGGCUGAUAUCUUGGAGAUGACAGUCACUUACCUGAGACAACAAACUCUUCAGCUAAAAAGUGAAAUCCCUCAUAACAAUGACAUCCAGAUGGAUUACAAAGUUGGUUACUCCAGAUGUUUUGAGGAAGUUAUUGACUUUUUAUCACUUCACCAAAAGCAGCCAGAAACCGAAGCCAAGCUAAUCAGCCAUUUCAACUCAAAAACAGCUGCCAGCUGCAUUUCAUCAUUUCCUAUGAGAUGCAAUCCAUCCAAACCUGAAAAUGGCAUUGGUAGAAGCAGUCUUUGGAGGCCGUGGUAGAUGUGAAGAUGUUUGGCAUUCAAAAUAACCCAGAGGAUUGUGUGACUUGCUCAGUUAUGGUCCUCUUAUACUGUAGGGAAUAUUUUCCUGUACCUCUUAUGCAAGGGGUUUAUAUUUGUUUGAUAAAAUGGAGUGUGGCUCCAUUGUCUUUUUAGCCCUUCAGGUGCACUGACAAUGACACCCAAGGUUAAACUGGCUCUGAGCAAUAUGGGCAUUAGCCCAACACUCUGUUAAAAGUAUUGUACUUUGCAAAAUAGUAGUACUUUGCAUGUGAGGAAGUGAAAAGCAUAUGCGUAGUUGCAUUUGCCUUCAAUAUGAAGUGUUUCUAUUAAGAUGUAUAGGUUGUACAUGUAGGUUUAUAAACCUUACUACGUGCCAAUAAGCACUUAUGUCUCAGGCUAGUUUGAUUCUGCCAUGCAGAGAAUCACUGUGUAACAGUUGUAGUGAUGGAUAGCUAUAUCUAUAAUUCAGUAGAAGAAGAUAUCUUAAGCUUUGGAUAUAAAAACUUUAUGUCAUACUAUAAUGGGUAACUGACUAGAUCUUGGUUAGUCCAAAAAUAUUGUGAAAAUAUUGUUGCAUGUGCUAACCAAUGUAAGGUUCAAUGAAAUGUGGAAUAUUUCUACAUACAGUAUGUUUGUUUUUCAUAAAAAUAGCAUCAGUAUUUUUGCAUUAUAGUAAAGAAUAUAUGUAAGAGAUUCAAUGUAUUUCAUUUUGGAAUCAAUGUACCUAUUUCCACGGCAAAAUGUUUUGCUUAGCGGAAAACAUGUUAAUGCAUAUUGUAUAUGCCCUACCUGUAUCUUUAUUUCAUUGAGAAAUAAAUAAAUGUAUUUUUGUUAUAAUAAAAA